AUGGAAGACCCCGCAACAGCACCCUGGAACAUUCAUAUCAGUUCCUCCGACCUCAGCAAACUAAAAGCCGGUUUCGAGGCACCAGAUAUGGAUCACAGAUGGGAAAGUACUCCUAAAGAUGCUGAUGAAAAUGGAAUCAUAUAUGUCCAUACCAGUCGCAGCUGGACUGAAGAAGAUCAUUUUAUACUUGCUGUGAAAGCGAGUGUUGAGGAUGGUGCGGAGAUUGUGUCUAUUACGUGGGAUCAAAAUGAAGGGAGGUGA